AUGCCGUCGUAUCGCAUGUACUGGCAGACAGCGACACGUUACGACCCAAUUGCAACAGUCAUGGGACCUGGGAUUGCGUGCGGGGCAGUCUACAGCGGGCCAGUCUACAACUCUACAGCGGGCCAGUCUACAGCGGGGCAGUCUACAGCGAUGCAGAGGGAGACCGGGAAAAGAGCCAAAUACAACGCUGCAACCCCUACGACCCGGUCUGUGUGUCUACAGCUCCAAUCAGUGGUGUGGCAGCGGUGGUCGGAGGUGGUGCGGGUCCAGCUGGGGACUAGACCCGGACAGUGGGCUGUGGCAACCUGGGGGGCUGCGCUACGUCGCAGUGCACUCCGUGGCCGCAAGGGGGCAGCAUUGGAUAAGUGA